GUCGUCAGCUAAGUAGGAGCUGUUGGUGAAGCCAAUAGGCCUGCCAAGUCGGUGAGUAGCGAUUCACAUUUUUUGUGGAAUAAGAAGCGCCCUAUACUGGGGGCCGGAGACGGCGUAAGGUAAACACGAAGCCGGCGUAGUUCGUGGUAAAUUAAUAAUUUGAGAACAAAGUAAAAGCUGGAGAAUUUUCAAAAAUGAUGGUCACACCUUCCAAGAAGUCCGCGACUCUACUACCCGCUUGCUUUUCGAAAAGCAUCGGUGUCGCGCUGGUCCUUUCCGUUCUUUCAGCUCUUGCGCGGCCCCACACGACCACGACGGAUCACAAUUUUGCGGACCAUGAUGGCAACAAGCGGGGAUACGAGAUCGAUCAGGGUCGUCAAGAACACGCACGUCCUACCAGCCCUCCGUCUAGGCGGUUGCGCCGGCAUGCGGAUGUUGUUGAUGUCAAUGCGAAUGGUGUAGAGCAGUUUGUAGCUGCUGAACCUGGCGUCCUAGACGAGCGCAGUUUCGCGCCGGGAGAAGAAAUUACAACACCAUCAUCUUCGCAGCGCCGUCAUUCCCACAGGAAUAAAGGCGCGACGAGGGUAAAGCGCAAGAACCGGCCAACAGCUUAUGAUCAGGCGGAAUACAUUGGUGAUUCAACAUCUUCAUCUCGUGGCCAUGACUUUUACGAGGACGCGGAGUACGCACCGCAAGCAGUGCGUAGAAGCGAAGUUUUCUUCACGGAAGAACCGCAAAAAGACGCAGAGGCACAGGACGAGGGGUUCGAGGAAAGUUUUGAAGAUCAGGCUGAUAGAACGACAACAACUCGGAGGACAUCGAGAUAUGAAGAUGAAGACGAUACUAGUCCACGACCAGCUGCCCUCCAUGACGAGCAAGGCCUCGCUUUUCACCAGACAUUGCAACAGGCCCUGCAGGAACACGAGGAAGGCGGAGAGAAUUUCUAUCCAGCGGAACAAGAGCCGGCGGUUUUUCCACAUCGGGAUAGAAACAGUAGAAGACCUCCAACAAGCACAGCGCAAAAAGGAGCCUUCCAGGCACAACAACUACACGAGGAGACCACUUCGGAUCAGGUUCAGCAGCACAGGAGCACAAGCUCUUUCACGUCCUUCCUCGAACACUGGCACUUGCUCUCUGCUGACAAUGCCACGGAUAGUAGUGCAACUUCCUCCACUUCGACGACUUCCACCACCACGAAAAGACCGACGUACUGCAUCCUAUAUUCGGACGAAACCUUCCUCUGUCCGAACGACGAGGAGCGCGUCACCGUGGAGAAGCAUAUCCAGCGGCGCCAGGACUUCUACUGCUACUCCUUGGUCGUUUUCCUCCUCAUUGCGUUCGGGCUGCAGGGCUUCGUCGACGAGUCGCACAAAACCGCAGCGGACUACGGCGGGGUGCAGGCCAUGCUGCAGGCGGCGUCGAUGAAACAGUUCACCGUGGUGCUGGGAGGGACCGUGGUCGUCGCGUUGUUGAUCGCGGUCGACCUGGUGAACCAGCUCGGGGGUGCGUUUUUCGGAGAGAUGCCCCCGGAAAGACUCGACCUCGAAAAGUACAGCAUCGGGGACGUGCGGGAGGGGGUGAUCUUCUCCGAAGCGACUUUGAUCGUCAUGCAGGUGCAGCUGAUGUUUAUGGUGACCAUGCCGUUCUACCUGCUCUUCGUCGCGCUGUUGGGAACUCAGAUGGGGAACACCAUCACGAAGUGGAAGUCGUGGGAAUUUUCCGGGUUCAGCGAAAAGGUGCUGAUGUGCGCAUUGGAAAACGAGGAAAAGAUCAAGGACGACGACGAGGAGGGGUAUCCACAAAAAAACGCGACCCAUGAUUCCCAUUCAAUCUAUCUUGCAAAACAUGUAGUUUCAAGGGGUCCUGUGUUUUUCAUGCAAAAAAUGGAUGGGGAUUGGUGUUUCAAUUUCCAGUGGAUAAGGGGCAGAACAAAAAGCGGCAAGAGUACGAGAAGAAAAUCCCCCACGACAUGUGCGCGUAUUUGGCGACCCGUCGGUCUUACAUUUCUCCGCACCAGAUCUACGAGAACCGGAAGUACAUUCCCCGGAUCCUCCGGCACCCGGACACCCAGUUUCUGCUCUACAUGUACUUGCGUCCGGAGCUGGUUGACUGCGCCAUCCAGGUGGUGUGUUGGCCGGCUCGCGGGCAGCUGAUCCUGGCCGGCUUGGUGCUCGGGUUUUUCCUGGUCGCGCACCAACUUGGUGGGAAAGCGCUGCACGAGAUGAACCUCGGCGGGACGGACUGGUGUUUGUUUUGUCCGGUGGUAGCCGCAAUCUUGAAGUUUCUCGCCGUGCUGCUGCGCUUGCUGGUGAAGGAGGUAUAGAUCAGAAGUGAGUCUUUCAAAACUUCUGACAAGGCUCGAUAAAGUUUUCCAUUUCUUUUUUGCACGUCAGAGAACUCCACUAGCUAUGACGACCCGUAGAAGUCACCAACUUGCGUGAACAAGAUGUUCAUCUGGAGAAAUCUUCAUGAAAAAAAAACCACAGAUCGUCGAGAACAUGUCUCUCGACUUAGAGUACUUCAAAUGGCUGAAGGACAAAACGCACGGGAAACUAGAAGCGGCCAUCGAGGCCGACAAGGAUAUGGAAGUGCACCAGCGGCGGUCGAGCGUCCAUGUGAAAACCGAGGUCGCGUUUUCCAAUCUGCCGGUGGAGUUGAUUCCCAAAUGGAAAUACGCGCGCAAGCGCGUCGCGAAAUCGAAAGGAUGGCUAACCUACGUUUGGUACGGAACUUUCGACCCAACGCGCCAGGAAAUGCUCUGGCCGAGAUGGCGGAAUGGUAUGUAAUUUUUUUCGCACAAAAAAGCGGAGUUGUAAAAUUUAGUACAAGAAAAAUGCAAUGAUUGAGAAUGCCGUGGUGUUUCGGAAUCGAAUAUACAUAAUAACAAUGCUUUCCGCAUUGAAAACUCAACGAUUUUUUUGAAGUAUCUCAUACCAUCGCGUUUCGUUUCGAAACACGAUGGCAAUCUGGCCGCGAAGGGUCCAACUUUCGUAGCCCCCACGCGCAGUCGCAAAAAAUAGCAAAUCGUGUAGUGUUUUUUUCUCAUUACCGUCGCGAAAUCAAAUUUUUACGGCGAAAAAAAAUCGAAAACAGGUCCUUCGGCUGUGCGUGUCGCCAUGCAGGAAAUAUUUUUCUUUGCAACUUUGAAUUGCGGGUUGGUGGCGGCGCUGCUUUUGACGUGGACCAAAUUUGACACCAUUCUGUCGCAGUGGAACAUGUUUCUGUAUUGAUAAUUUAUUUUUCUUUCAUCCUUGUUGUCAGCACUCUGUCAAGUCAUGCAUUCUGUCUCGGCAAGAGUUCUUCUUGUAACAAAAAAAUGAACCCACGACAGAUCAUCUUCUUUUUACCAAAAACAAAAAAUCUAUACCUAAAAAAGGUAUUUUUUCCUGACCCUUGGCAUCACUCUGCACAUUAUUCUGUACGACAUCGCGCCGUUCAUAACGCUUUGGACCCUCGCCGCCCGCACGGACACGAUGACGGACGACAGCAAUUUGCAGAAGGAGGUCCGGGAAAUGAGCGCGUACUUCGGCGACGCUAUCCUGAGUAAAAACGUACCCACACCAGAGUCAGGAUGAGGAUUUUGCAACACAAACCUAGGAGUUUUGUGAGUCACGCAUGACAAGUUGCGCUCUGCAGUGUAGUGCAGGUUAGCAAGUGCAGCCGCAUCACAGACUCCUCUGCUCAUCCUGUUCACAGCAUCACAAAUUCCAAAACACGAUUGGAAAUGGCUCUCAUGGGGAUGCGCAUUACAAGUCUUCCCGUCUUUGCAAAUCUGCAUUACAACUCUGGCGUGGGUACGUUUUUAUUCAGGAUAGACGCGGCGCUGCAGGAGUUCUGCGGCGCGCUGUAUUUGCACGUUAUGCAUUGCAAAUAUGUCUGGGUCUGGAAGGAUCCAAAGUUGUGAUGCGUGUUUCGGAUCCUACAAAGAUCUGUGAUGCAGAACGUGCAAAAGGUUCCCACAUAUGGCCAUGCUGAGAGGGCAUCUCUCAUGCAGAAUACGCAUCACCAAGGAGCUGUGGAACCUGUGAUGCUAGGCCCUGCAUUCCAGACGUGGCGGAGCUUGAAAAAACUGCAUGACAAAUUUCGGAAUCUCCCAGACCCAGACAUUUUUGCAUUUGAUACACGUGUUGUACAAGGAACUGCAUUUGAACAGCCAAGCCACCCUCCAGGACCUUCGCGUGCAGUACUACGCCGCGUUUUCCGAGUAUGGAUGUGUCAGAAUCGAAAUUAACAAAAUCGAAAAAUUUGUGAUGCACAAAAUCGAUGUCAGUUGGAGCCUCAUUUUCCAAGUGGCGCAUGACAAAUUUCGGGAGCACCAAAUUCCAGCCUGUCAUGCUGUUUGGGCAAAGAAGACAGCUCCUGUCUUGCCACCCUGGCAGCACAUUGCAUACCCCUAAACAGGCCUGCAAUCGGUCUCAUUUGCCUGCUCCCCAAUACAGGUCUUCAGUGCCCUACAUUUUAUGCAUCACAAAUUUUUCGACUUUGUCGAUUUCGAUCCUGACACAUCCAUACCGAGGCGGAGCGCAGUGUGAUCGCGGACGAGUACGAGCAGGCGUGCGAGGACCCGGCUGCGGGGUUGACGGAGACGGAAACGAACAAGUUGCUGAAGAAGCUCGGGUUUGACAAUCCGGGGGCCGACCUGUCCAAGUGGGUGAAGAUGCUCCAGAUUCACGCCCCGGACCGGUUGCAGGAGGCGGAGUUCGAGGCCCUGGUCGCGGUUUUUUUCAAGACCUGCUACGAAAAGAUGCCACGCGACGUGAUCGACACGGCGUUGAUGCACCUAGCGGACGCGGGCGAAAUCGGCGAGCUGGCGACGCACGUUUCGGUGCAGAAAAUGGUGACGAUCUACGAGUCGGUCGGAAUCUCGACCGUGGACGCGAAGCGGCACGCCAAGGACCUGCUGUAUCGCGCCCACAUCUUCGCGAACGAGGGCGCCUCGCUGGAGACGGAGGCGGUCGGCGAUCUCGGAGAUUUGGAUUGGUCACUACGGGGCUUCUUCCGGCUCCCCGGGUCCAUGCCAGCAGCCGCGAGCAGUGGGAAAAAAGCGGUGGACGCGGCGAAAAAGAAAGCCGCGGCGGCCGGAGAGACGGUCUCCCUGAACUCGCUGGUCAAGGGAAUAUGAACUUCAAAUAUGUCUGGGUCUGGAGAAUACAAACUUGUGAUGCGCAUUUCAGAGCACAGAAAAAUCUCUCAUGCAUAGGCAGCAAAAGUUCUCACUUUCUGUCACCAAAAUGGGGGAUUUUUCAUGCGGAUUCGGCAUUGCAAACGCUUCUCCAAACCUGUGUUGCUAGAGCUUCCAUGCCAGACCUUCUGUGUCAUGCAAAAACAGCUUGACUCUUCCAGAUCCAGACAUUUUUGCAUUUGAUAGAGUAGCAGCAAAGACAAAAACGAGGAGGAUGACGACGGCAAGCGGCCUCUGACCGAGAAGGAGAUUCAAGCGGCCAUUGACGCGGACGUCUGCGCGACUCACAAACCCGGGGCUGUGCUGAUCCACAUCUUCGCAGGCUUUUUGUUGCACGAGCAAAACCGGCGGGGGGAGUGACGAAACAAGUUGAUGGGACUUCUUUUGUAGGAUUCUGUGAAUAUGAAUAAUAUCCCUCAGAGAAUAAAGCUUCGUGCGACAACGACGGCACAGGUUGUCUCGUUUCUCGCUUUGAAUUGAGCUUCCUAGAACGAUACCUGUCUGGUUUCCUCGUGUUUCGAGAACUCAACACUAGAACGAAAUUCUCUGCGACACCAAACGCAAUCAUGGUUGUGUUUUGUGUGCAACGUGAACUGAAAGAACUGUCGUG